AAAAGUUAUUAAAUCAUCUCGACGACAUUCUUGUUCUAAAGGGUGUCGUUUUCAUAAUUUUGGAAUUUGCAUCAAGUGUUAAGUGUUUUGGUGUUGGGGAUCGAAAUCUGUUGAUUCUAAAGCUAAGGUUUGGAAGUUGAAGGGAGUUGAAGGUUUAUUUUGUGACCUAACCUUGAAGGUAACGUCGUUGUUGAGGAAAAUACCGAUCGUUUGCCACCGACAAAACACCCACACACCCCUGUCUGCCCUCCAUCAAGUGAACACACGUUCUGGGGCAUUCAUGAAGAGAAGUCAUGCGCGGGUGUGAGUGCGUGUGUGCACGUUGCCCGUUCAUUCAUCGAAUCGAUGUCAAUGCGUACGCCUAUUUCACGUAUUUCCAUGCUUUUUUCCAAUCUUGUCUUCAUUAAUGUUAAAACUUUAACAAAAUUAGUUUAUACUGAGAAUGCAUCGACGUUGGUUCUUAUUAAAAGUUUGCUUUGAGGUGACAUGAGUGCGGAUGACAUGGACUCUGAGAGUCUGGGUGGUAACUGUCUGGUGAGAGUCCAAGCCCAGGUGAUGACGAGAGAUGACAGCUCUGGAGGAUGGGUUCCAUUGAGUGGUGGAGGGUUGGCCAAUGUAUCUGUCAGACGGAGGGUAACUUCAAGCAAUGCUGGACAUCUUCCAGGAAAUUCCAAUGGCACUGGUGGAGGCUCUAGUUCUGUUGCUGUCAUCACUCCAUCAUCAUCGACUCCAUCUACUACCACUGGCAUAGUUACUUCCAAUCAGAGUCUAGGGUCAUCUAGCACAUCUCCACCAACCGCGGCUAAGAAAAAUCAUGAAUACUUCAUUUACGGAAGACGAAUGAAAGAUCAAUCGGUCGUGCUUAGCUGUACCAUAAAAAAGGACUUCAAGUACCAUAAAGUGAUGCCAACCUUCCACCACUGGUGCACGGGGGAGAAGAAAUUUGGCCUGACGUUCCAAACCGCCGCUGAUGCCAGGGCUUUCGACAAAGGAGUUCGCAGUGUACUGGAAGAGCUGUUGGAAGCUAAUUCAAUACAUCAAUACUAUUCAACAGGGCUCACGGAUACAACCUUGCGUGGUGAUCAUCCAGAUGGAGGUGACGAUGGAGUAUUUAUGGCUGUAAAUCUCCCUGCAGAUCCUCCUGAUCUUCGACAGUCAUCGGACCCACCUCGUGGAAUAGUUCGUGUACCAAAUUAUCAUUCCCAGUGUGGUGAUCCUCCAGAUCCACACAAGUCAACGUCAAUUCAUUAUAUCAGCCCGUCCGUCAAGGUCGCGCCGACGCAUCAUCAUCCACUCGACUCGAGUGGCGACGUGAGCUCCGAUAAUUACCCUUACGUGCAGUUCACAACUCUUAACCACGAUUACCUUUAUCCUGUGAUCGACGAUCAUAAAGGCGAUCGAAGUCCUACCGAACGUCGUAAUUCAUCAGGUUCACUUAAGAAACCCGACAUCAUUAUUUCACAACCUACUAAAAGCUCCGAAAAACAACGUAAUGCAAGGUUACGAUGUAAAUAUUGUCAGGAAGUAUAUUCGGAGCAUCAAAACCCUAGAGGGUCUUGCGAGUAUGCACCUGAUCCUGUUAAAAAAGGCAUCGCUAAAGUUUCGUGCCUUUUGUGUGCUCAAUGUAUGCUCUAUCAUUGUAUGAGUGAUGCAGAAGGAGAUUUUGCACAAAAUCCUUGCAGUUGUAGUGCAGAAGAUGGUUGUGGUCGUCGAUGGUUUGGUCUAGCACUAUUAUCAUUAAUAGUACCAUGUCUCUGGUUAUACCCACCACUUCGUGCAAUUCACUGGUGCGGAAUGGCAUGUGGCAUAUGUGGAGGACGUCAUCAUCCAAUGGAAUAACGGGAGGAACCCUUUGAUAUCUCUGCAGCAUUUACAAUCGAGUCGCAGUUCUCGGUUACAACCCGAAGUGCAGUGGCAAAUGUAUAUGAAUGCCAUGACCUAAGCAUGGGCCGAUGCCAGAGAUAUCAAAGGGGUAGACAGCUUCCUGUUCACGCGCUUAUACAUCAGCGCCAUUUGUAAGUACUUCCAAGAUCGUCUUCAGACAUGACCAUUUCAUUUAAUUCACAUUGAGGAUACAGAUGAAGAAAAUAUAUAUGUGAGUUAGAGAAGUUUGAUUUGACAACGUUUCGCUCUCUAGUAAGUGCAUUCUUUUAACACAAACUCUUAACUCAUGUGCUAAUUAUAUUCGUCAUAUUACGGUUAAUAAUUGACUUUGGUCAUGACUUUGACGUGGAUUGGAAAGUUUAGACCAGUAGACAGAUAUUUUAAGAACAAGAAAUGCUUUAGUUUUUCUUCAACCAGUAGAUUUCUUCCUGACAUUGAAUUUCAUCCAAUUUUUUUUUACAAUAAACUGUUUCUAUUUAUAUUUUUAUAACAAUAAGUAUGUAUUAUUAAUCUUUAAUAAGUUUUGUAAUAUUAUUAACUUGUUCAAUACUGCUUUGUAUUUAUUUUCAUUUUAAAAUAAGAUUUUUUACUUAUAUUAAUAUUAAAAUGUUGUUUAGUGAAGUAAUAGAAAUCUAAAACAACCAUGAAUUUAAUUGAAUAUUGUGUGGGUGUAAUCGAAUUUUCUAGACACGGAGAAUCUCUUAAUCUUGAUCGAGUGAACUUUAUCGUACAACUAAGUAUUUUAUGACUUGAUUUUUCAAAAAUGAGUGGGUUAUAAAAUGGAUAUUUUUUCCAUUCUCAAUACAGUAUCCACGAAGAGUGAAGACAAUUUUUUUUUCUUCUUACACUAACAACUUUUAUAUAUAUAUUUUUUUUGUAAAUAUUAUUUUCUAGUACUUUAGAAUACACAUAUAAUACUUAUUUUUUGUCUUAUUUAAUCAUCCUCCUACGAUAUCAUACAUAUUAUUGGAUUUUUUUUAAUAUCAUUUAAAAUAGGCAGGAGUUUGAUCACUUGUAUGUAUUUUUUAGUUAAUAAUGAAUAGAAAAUCAAUCAGGUAUUAAUCGCUUGGUUAAACUGAAUUAUUCUUACACUAAAUUCAUUUAAAACAAACCAAAUUGUCGUUGGAAAUCUGCUGGAUUGAAUAUGAAAAUAGUAAAUCAAGGCAAAAAAAUGUAAACGAAAAAAGAAUCUCUAGAAAUAGAAAAAUACAAAACUGAAUAUUAUGUUCCCCGAUCUAUGUUUCUAGUAUUCUAGCAACCCUAGAGCUUUCAUUGUACAAUUUGUGAACGUGCCGAAAAGAAAAGAAUGGGGAAAUAAAGAUAGAUAAACAAAUGAUAAAUAACAACUACAAUAAUAAUAAUAAUAAUAAUAAUAAUAAUAAUAAUAAUAAUAAUAAUAAUAAUAAUAAUAAUAAUAAAUAGAGUUAAUAAGAAUAUUAUUAUUAAUAAUUGUAAUAAUAAUGAAAUCAACAGAAAAGUGGAAAAACUUUUCUUCUUCCUCACAUUACGCAAAAAAAAUAAUGAUAUAUGGAUGUAUGCAAUUGUAUUGAAUGAAUGUUGAUGAAUAAAAUGUGAAUAUAGACAAAAACGUAUGAUUGAUUAAAAAUAAGUAUCGUAUUGCUAAGAACCAUUGAGUAUUUCUUACAUUGUUUUGUUUCCCUUUUAAAUUGCAAGUGGGAACACAAUGAAGCUUUAAUGUCGCUUAACUUCGAAGAAAAAUUACAAAAAAAUUAUCUAUCGUUAAAUUUGAGGGAAAAAAUACCAACAGUAUGAGAUAAAAUUUUUCAAUAUUUUCUGUAAUAAUUUCAGUUAAUAAUCAAUGUUAGAAAUUGACAAAUAAACAAAAAUAAAUAAAAACAACCACGUGGACGUGCAACCAAUGAAAUAAGGAGCUUUGCUAUAUUUUUAUGUAAUGAGAACAAAGUUGAAAAUAUUAGUUAAUGGUUUAUUAAACAUAAAUUAAUCAAAGAAUUAAUAUAUAUAUAUAUAUAUAUAAAUAUAUAUAAAUAAAUAAAUAUAUAUUAUUGUAAUAAAAUAUGAAUAAAAGAAAUUUCUGCGAAAAAAAUUCAUACGAAAUUUAUUGUAUAUUCUUCAUUGGUUGAACGAUGGAGCAAGAUUUACUUACAUUGACAUUUAUCCUACCACUGAAAAACACGAAAAGAGUAAAAAUAAAAAAAGAAUGUAAGUACAAAGGCUUCUCUAGAUUACA